UCUCUCUCUCUCUCUCUCUCUCUCUCUCAUAUAUAUGUAUCCCAACAACACACUCUUCUCUCUCUCUCUCUCUCUCUCUCUCUCUGUGUUUUAGAGUUUAGAUUUGAUAUAUUCCUUCAGAUCUGGUGUAACAAUGGCGUUGCCUCCAUCUGCAUCCAAUGAAUCUGGAUCUGCCAAUUUUCCCUAUUGCAGAAAGCAGAAAUCUCUUGGUCUCUUAUGCACCAAUUUCUUGAGCUUGUACAAUCAAGACAACGUGGAAACAAUCGGACUUGACGAUGCCGCCACUCGAUUAGGAGUUGAGAGGCGUCGGAUCUACGACAUCGUCAAUGUACUAGAAAGUAUUGGUGGUUUUGAUAAUUUUAUUCAGGUUCUUGCAAGAAAGGCAAAGAAUCGAUAUUCUUGGAAAGGGUUUGGAGGAGUUCCAAAGACUCUGCAGCAGCUAAGGGAAGAGGGUUUGAGGGAGAAUUUCAAUACAUUCAAUGGAAAUAACUAUGUAAAAGUUUCAGAUGAUGAUGAGGAUGAGAAAAUUUCCAAUCCAAUUACAAGCCAGAAUGACAAACUAAACCCUAGUUCUGUCACUAAAUCUUCAACAGCAUCCAAAACUGAUAAUAGGAAGGAAAAAUCUUUGGGACUUCUUACACAGAAUUUUGUCAAGCUCUUCCUUUGCUCUAAUGUUGAUUUGAUCUCCCUUGAGGAAGCUGCUAAGAUAUUGCUUGGGGAUGCACAUGAUCCAUCAAUGAUGAGAAAUAAUUCUGCAGCUAAAGUUAGACGGUUAUAUGAUAUUGCAAAUGUGUUGUCUUCAAUGAAUUUCAUUGAGAAGACCCAUCAUCCAGAGACAAGGAAGCCUGCCUUCAGAUGGUUGGGAACGAGAGGAAAAUCUGAUAAUGGAUCUGCAAAUACUUCUGUUCUUAAUGAGUCCAAAAAAAGGAUAUUUGGGACUGAGAUCACAAACACCAGUUUUAAGAGGACCAAGGUGGUUUCAACAAUUGAUGAGAAUUCCAAACAGAUUACAAAGACGCAUUUGCAAAUGCUUGUGAAAUGUGAGGAUUUGGAAAAUGAGGUUGAUAAGAGCAAUUUUGAACAGGAUUUAAGACACAGUUCUAAGAAUUUCCAAUUUGGUCCCUUUGCUCCGGUCACGGUCCAUGUGUCCAAAUUUGGCGCUACCCAGAAUAGUACGGUGAAACAGGUUCACGAUUGGGAAAGUCUAGCCUCUACUUAUCGUCCUCAAUAUUACAACCAAGCUUUGAGAGAUCUCUUUGCUCAUUAUGUGGAAGCAUGGAAAUCUUGGUGCUCUGAAGUUGCCGGGAAGAACCCGAUACAACUAAUCUCCUGAUGGGUUCGUCAAUUCACCCACAAGUUCCUUUAACUGAUCAACUACAUAACCAGAUGAUUGAUUCCUUUUUAUUUUCUUUCAUAAUUGACAAAGAAGAGAUGGCCUUGUCGAAUGCAUUAUCUCUUUGCAUUCUAUUAUUCAUUUUUCUAAUUAAUUUAGGUUCUUCAUUUGAUACACCCUUAUGAGUGUUGAUGUCA